CUGCUGUUGAAUUGCGAAUGGUUGAAGCCAAGGAUUUCCAAGUUCUCAUUUCAUUCAAUUGCACAACGUCGAAGAGUAAGCUUUAGAAUGUGGCGACGGUUAUUUUCUAAACUCGUAAUUGCAAUCAGUUUGGUUGGUGCGCAGAGUGGGGUCUUGAGUAACAUCAUGAAAUCUCUAAAGAUGGAGCUGCCAUUUCGGUCAAUUCUCCUACUGCGAAAUGUGAAGGAUGCAGAUACCUGCUGGACCCGAGAGGACUUUGACCGAAACAUCCCCAUCUUAAACAUGAAUGCGAGCCAUUCCCUUUAUCUGACGAAGAUAUUCAACUCGGAGCUUCUGGCCGUGGUUUGCGAAAACCGCAGUGAAGGCGACACCAUAAAGGCUCUUUAUAGAAAUCUACAGGACAUUCGCUAUACUCCAACCAUUCUAGUGACACAAUCGAACACAAACCUAAGUGAUUUGUUCGAGGAUUGCCGCUCCCACAAGAUGCUCAAUGUGUUGGCUUUGAAGGACUCUGAUAAUAAAUUUGUCUACAGCUAUCGGGCCUUUCCUCAUCUGCAGGUGGUGAAGCGCCGAGUGGGCCACAUUCGUCGCUACUUUGAGCCCCAACUCAGGAACAUGGAGGGAUACCAGAUCAAGGUUCUACCUGACAAUGUAAUGCCUCGAACGGUCGUCUAUCGAGAUGCCCGGGGACGUCGUCAGAUGACGGGCUAUCUUGCGCACUUAAUACGGAUAUUUGUCAGCACAUUAAACGCCACUCUCGACAUCUGCUGGAAGUAUGUACCUGAGGAAGAAAGCAUUAGUAAAAUGACUAUGGAUAACCUGGCACAAGACGGAAUUGUGGACUUUCCUCUAGUCAUUGCCAGUCCCGACGAAUAUCCUAACUCAGAUAACAUUGUGAUGGAGAUCUCCAGUUGGUUUCUUAUACUGCCCAUGGAAGCAAACACUCCGCGGGCUCGUCUUUUCUACAGGAUUAAAUUAUACAGGCACAUUCCCAUAGUUAUACUACUGUCUCUGGUGCUCAGUAAUGCUCAGCGAGUGGAAGCUGGUUUGGGUCCUAGCGUCAGUUUAGGCAUAAUUUGGGACUAUGUCAUACGCGGAUUCCUGGCCCAACCCUUUGUGCUGCCCCAUGGACUCUCCCCGAGGCUGAUGUUUAUUUAUGGACUUCUGUUUUUGAACACCAUGCUCAUUGUCAACCUUUUAAAUGUCAAUCUUGAAUCGCUGCUUGUGCAUCCACCUGUCGAUAGUCAGAUUCUCAGUUUCCAGGACAUGCGAUUGCAGAAUUUAAAAAUUCUUGUUAUUCCGGCUGAUUUUAACUUCAUCAAGAAAAAUGUUGGUGAAGAAAAUUUUCAGAAAAUAUUGGAUAUCUUUGAAAUCAGCAACUCCACGAAAGUUUUCCAAGUGAAUCGCAUCUCCUUGAAUCCGGCUUAUGCAUAUCCGGUAACCCUUACACUAUGGCCACUUCUUCAGCUCUCACAGGCCAGGUUACCGCGAGCCAUCUUUCGCAGGUCUCGGGAAAUACAGUUUUCCCCGGUUAUCAUCCUAGCCCUGCCCCUUCCAAAGAACUCAAUUUAUGGCCAGACAUUUACCAAUUUUGUAGGCCAUUCCCGCGAAAGUGGACUAUAUAUGUACUGGUUCAGGCAGUCCUUCAAUGAGCUCAUUUUCCUAGACAAGAUUAACUACAUUAUUGACAAUAGCACCCAGCCCUAUCAAGAUCUUGUGUGGCAGGACUUUUUCUUCAUCUGGCUGGCGUAUAUUGGAGGCAUUUUGGGCAGUCUGCUGGUAUUCCUUGUCGAAGUUUUGUACUUCAAGUGUAUGCAAGGAGAACUUUCACUCAGUUUUGCUGAGGCACAGCGAGGGGCGUUGGUGAACACUUUGAAAGCUCUCCAGGUUGAGGUCUCCUUUCAGUCAGUGCUCCUGGUGCAGAACAAGGAUGACACCGAUACCUGCUGGACCACGGGGGAUCUGGACAUUGGUAUUCCCAUCCUAAACUUAGAUGCGAGGCAAAAUUUUAACCUGAAAAAAAGUUUUAACACGAAUAUGCUGGCCCUGGCUUGCUUGGGAGAGGGUAUUAUGAGCGCUUUGUAUGCAAAUCUUGAGGAGAUCCGCGAAACUCCGACCCUCCUUGUGGUGGCACAGGACACAAAUUUCAGCGCUCUAUUCGCAGAGUGUCGUUCGUACCACAUGCUCAAUGUCGUGGCUGUGUGGGGCGGCCGCGAUCGUGAGUUUAUCUACAGCUAUCGGGCCUUUCCGCACUUGGAAGUGGUCAGGCGUCGUCUGAGGGACAUCCGCCGGUACUUUGAGCCGCAGGUAAGAGAUCUCGCGGGUCACCCCAUCGGCGUCAUACCGUACAGCGUCUUGCCACGCACUUUGAUCUUUCGAGAUGCACAUGGAGAUCGUCAGAUAACUGGCUACCUCGUUCAGUUCUACAGAAACUUCGCCAGGAGCUUAAACACCACUCUGAGGUAUCUAUGGCACCUUAUGCCGCUGGACGAGAUGCCUGUUCAAGAUGUAGUACUGGCCACAGUAAAUGAAAGUCAUGUAGAUUUCCCACUCGUCCUUUCCAACCUCGACCCCGAGCCGUUCCUUGCCAGCAGUGUGUUGGAGGUUUCCAACUGGUUUCUCAUCCUCCCCGUGGAGCCAAAUGUGCCGCGCUCCAGUCUCUACUUUAGCCUCAGGGGAUGGCCCUCCUUUCUGGCCCUAAUGCUUCUUCUGGCCCUGCUGCUUGGCAAUGCCCAUCAUCUGGACUCGGGAAUGUCGCUCGCAUUGAGCUUCGGACACAUCUUCGGCGACCACGUGCUGAGGGCCAUCCUAGCCCAGUCGUUUGUGUGGCCGCGGCGGCUCUCCUUCAGUCGCACACUCCUCUACAUCCUGCUGAUGGUGGCAGGCCUCAUCAUCAGCACCUUCUACAGCGCCAAUCUGUCGACCCUGCUAGUCGAACCGCCAGCAGCCUAUCGGAUACGCAGCUUCGAGGACCUGCGCACAAACCGCGUCAAGAUACUUCUCUCUGAACAAGAGGUGCCCCUAAUGAACGCCACCAAUAACAAGAAUCUGCACGAGUACAAGGACACCUUUGAGAUAAUUCCGUCGACCGUUGAGUUUUUGGCCAAGCGGAGUGCGUUAAACAACUCCUAUGCCUAUCCCGUGACCAGCACCCUGUGGCCGUUUCUCCAGAUAAAGCAGUCCCACCUGCAGCGUCCGAUCUUUCGCCGAUCGCAAGAGAUAUUCUUCCUGGAGUUUAUGCCACUCACCGCUCCCAUGCAAAAGAAUUCUAUCUAUCGCAAGUUGUUCAACCAAUAUGUGGCCAACACCCACGCCAGCGGACUGUACGAGCUAUGGUUCAGGCAGUCCUUCAACAAGCUCGUUCGAAUGGGAAAGCUGAACUACAGUGAGGAGGCAGAUCACGAGACCUAUCACGAUCUCAUAUGGGAGGACUAUAUCUACAUAUGGCUCGUUUAUAUCGGAGGAACUGUCACCAGUUUGCUGGUGUUUAUACUGGAGCUAAUAUUCUUUGUGUUAAAACCAAACAAACCGAAAAUACUAGUCUCUUUAUAA